AUGGCAACGAUACCUCUUGCAGCGUGCGGACUCGCGCCGUCAAUUCUCGCGGCGCUCCUCCGUGCAGGUUUUCGGUAUCAGAACGAUCUAUUGGACGUCCAAGUGCGUGAAUUAGCAAACGAGGCGCAGAUCAGCGUUAGCGAUGCCGUAAGGGUGUUGGAAAUUGCUGGGAAGGAAGAGACUUCAGCAAUUGUGGUGGGACAAACAGCGCUGGAUCUGUUGCAGGAGGUGACGAAGGCUAAACCUAUUUCUACGAGGCUGCUGGGACUAGAUGGACUUCUAGGUGGUGGCUUACAGCGGGGCGAAGUCACGGAGUUUUGUGGUGGUCCUGGUACGGGAAAGACGCAACUAGGAAUCCACGCUUGCCUGGCCGCGCAGUGUGUAGCAAAUGAACCUGGGAAAGCCACAUCUGCUGUGUUUGUUGAUAGCGAAGGAAGCUUUAUAAUUGAACGUGUGGCGUCGAUGGCUGAGUGCUUCGUACAGGAUUUUCGUCAGCUUGAAACGAAAAAGCGGACACGGGACGAGUUGCUGCGAGGAAUAACGUAUUACCGCGUGCACGAUUACUUGGAGCUCAUUGAAGUUCUUCACUCCUUGUCAGCGUUUUUCCAAGUGACUGACGAGUGCAAGCUGCUAGUGAUCGAUACUGUGGCUUUUCAUUUCCGCCACGGCUUUGAAGACUUCACCCAAAGAGCACGGGCAUUGGACGAACUUGCUACCUUUUUAAGUGGACUUGCAGCUGAUUUCGAUUUGGCGGUCGUGUUGAUUAACCACAUUACCACAAAAUCGUCCAAUAACGAGAUCCAUGGACCUCAAGUGCGACCAGCAUUGGGUGAAGGCUGGGUACACUCCGUCUCGAAUCGGGUUGUUCUCGAGUGGGCGGCAAAUUGUCGUGUCGCUCGCCUCGUAAAGUCACCAGCACUGGCUCACGGUCCAGCCCUGUUUGAAAUUUCAGAGCGAGGAGUACGCGAUGUGGUCGACGAAGAGUACUGA